AUGGUCGUAAGGCUAGCGGAGAUUAUGGAGUUAGAGGAAGCAAGGGAAGCCGCCUUCACAGCCCUUCAAGACAGGCAAGAAGUUGUAAAAAGGUGGUUCAAUAGUAAAAAGAGUUCCGAUGUGAUUUUCUCCCCCGAAGACCUCGUUCUGAAGUACAAUGAGAGAAUGGCAAAACCAGGUCAGCACGCCAAGUUCGACUGCCUAUGGGAGAGUCCUUUCUGCAUUAGAGGAUGUAAGGGUUUCAACGCUUUCGAGUUAGAGGACAUGAAUGGAGACCCCUUCUCCAUCUCAGUCAACGGUUUUCAUCCUAAGCCUUACUAUUAA